UUUUGAAAUAAAUUUUAGUUUUUUGAAUGAUAUAUUUUUUAUUAAUAAAAAUAAAAUUAACCUUUAUUUAAAAAGAAGAAAUAAGAAAUUAACUGAUUAUGAGUGAAGAAAUAAAUGACGUUGUUGCAAAAGCAGAUAAUAUUGUAGAUUCUAAAAUUAUUCAAAAAUUAAAUCAAGACAAAGAUAAACACGAUGAUGAUAUGAUAAAAAUUCUCAAGAUGGGUUGCGAGUUGUUUAAAUACAAAAGGAAUGGAAAAAAAUAUAAGCGACACUUUUAUUUAGAUCCUGACGAAUUGACCAUUAAAUAUACAGGGUCUAGAAAAUUUUGGAGGGCACAGAAAUUAGUCGAAAUACCCGAUAUUAAGGAGAUACGAAUGGGACCAAAUACCCAUACUUUUCGCGCUCUCGCUAACAAAGUUAAAGCAAAUUUAGCAUUUUCACUCAUACUAGGAAACAAGCACGAUAGUCUAGACCUGGUAGCAAAAUCCCCUGAAAUUAAGGAUCAAUGGAUCUCUGCCCUAAGAUAUGUUGUAUCUCGCUACAAAAACAUGGAGCAAGAGAAAGAACACGAAAAGUGGGCGAUAGACCAUUUUAAUAAAGCGGACAUUAAUAAAGACGGUGGCUUAAGUUUCGAAGAAACCCUACAAUUGCUCAAUCAUAUGAACAUUAACAUGGAUAAAAGAUAUGCCAAGAAGUUAUUCGACGUCUCAGAUAUAAACAUGACAAGAACUAAGACUGGUGAAGAUGUUUUGGACCAAAAAGAAUUUUUAAAUUUUUAUAGAUUAUUGAUAAGGCGACCUGAAAUUGUCGACAUCAUACACAAGUAUUCAAAAAAUGGGAGCAGUUUUCUAGAGCCGGAAGAAUUACAAGAAUUUAUGAUCAAGGAACAAAAACAAAAUGACAUAAAUCUUGAGCAAUGCAAAAAAUUAAUUCAAACAUAUGACAAAACCACUAAAGAGGGUACUAUGAGUAUUGAAGGUAUGAGAUGCAUGUUGGUAUCAAGGGACCAAGCAUUAUUCAAUAAGAAUUACUUAGAACUAUAUCAAGAUAUGACCCGACCCUUAUCAGAUUAUUAUAUUAAUUCUUCCCACAACACGUACCUAAGCGAGGACCAAUUGAUAGGAGAAAGCAGUGUUGAAAAUUAUAUCAAAGCCUUGAGAGAGGGCUGCCGAUGCGUUGAAAUUGAUGUGUGGAAUGGGGUAGAUGGAGAUCCCAUUGUUUAUCACGGGCACACAUUGACUGCAAUGAUCAAAUUUGUCGAUAUAAUAAAAGCCAUAUCUACUUACGCCUUCGAAACAUCACCGUAUCCGCUAAUUCUAUCGUUAGAAAAUCAUUGCUCAAUUGACCAACAAAAAUUAAUGGCUCACUAUUUAAAAACUAUUUUAGGAGAUAAAAUAUAUGCAGAAGAAAUUAUGGAAGGAGACUUUUUACCAUCUCCUGAGUCGCUCAAAGAAAGAUAUGUAAUCAAGGGUAAAAUGUUAGACAUUCCCUAUAAGUCAGAGGAGGUUGUCAGUGAAGAAGACGAGGCCGCCGAAAUCGAUUCUGAGAUAGUCCUUAAAGAUCUGAAAAAGAAACCACAGUCCAAGAUGAUCAAACUAGCUAAGGAACUAUCAGAUUUAACAUUUUUGAGAUCAACACAUUUCAAAGGCGUUGGGCAAAGAGGUAAAUGCAACUGCAUAUGCUCGUUCUCAGAAUUGAAAGCGAUUUCUAUGAUUUCUGAAGAUGCAAGAUUAUUUGCGGAUUACAAUACUACGAACUUAAGCAGGAUAUACCCAAAUGGCAUAAGGACAGAUUCUAGCAAUUUUGAUCCCAUGUUAUUCUGGAAAGCUGGAUGCCAAAUUGUUGCUAUGAACUACCAAAGCGAUGACAAAAAAAUGCAGCUUUAUCAUGCUAAGUUUAGGGAUAAUGGAGGAAUGGGAUACCUUUUAAAACCAGAUUAUCUUCUCUCAAAUUAUGAUGAAACUUCUCCAACAGAAAGACAAGAAAAGUUAUUGAAACUCAAAAUAAUAAGCGCUCAGCAAUUACCUAAACCGUAUAGGAACGUACAUGAUAAGGAUGUUAUAGACCCAUAUGUUAAAAUAGAAGUGAUUGGCUUCAAAACUACUCAAAAGGCUAAGACCAGCAUAAUUGCAAAUAAUGGUUUCAAUCCUGUGUGGAACGAGGCCUUUGAAUUCGUAAUCGAUGAUCCUCAGUCGGCUAUAUUAAGAUUUGUCGUCAAAGAUUUCAAUUCAUCUUCCAAAAAUGAUUUUAUAGGCCAGUUUACCAUACCUUUUAAAUGUCUAAUGGAAGGUUGCAAAUUUUUCAAACUUUUAAAUAAGCACAAUCAAUCGCUUUCAAUGGGAUCGUUUAUAUUGGUGCAUGUUGACAUCUCCGUUAUCAUCACGCCCAUUUACAAAAUAAAAAAUGUAAUGCUAUACCGCCUGCUACUCUCUUUAUGUACACGAAAAUCGAAGACUUUAAAAGGGACAACUUGCCAGAAUUAUCGAAUUAUAACCUAUUAUCGCAAGAUAACUCAUUAAAUAAAGAAGUAAGCCAACCUAUUC